AUGCUUAUUGCCGCAUCUGUGUUACCGGAUGGAGAGUCAAGCGGCAAAAUUGUGCUGGGUGACGUGCUGAUCAAGAUCAACGGCGAACCUGUGACGGACUUUAUCGUCCUUGACCGAAUACUGGACACGAACGUCGGCAGCACCAUCAUGUUGUUGCUCCAGAGGCAAGGGAGCGACCUCGAAGUCCCAAUCCUGGUGGGUGAUCUUUACCGUCUGAUACCUGAUCGAUUCGUGUCAGUCUGUGGCUCCAACUUCCACAAUAUCCCUUGCAUAACUGCUAUGACAUAUGGCGUAGCUAGAGGCAUUUUUGUGUGCGAUCCGAUGAUCUUUCUCGGCUUCGGCGAUAGCUCCGACUGUUACGUCAUUGUCGCGAUCCAUCAUAGGAAGGUGUCCCAUCUGGACGAUUUUGUCACCCAGAUGAAGAGACUUCCCCAUGGAACAACUAUCGCAGUUACUUUCAUUAAACUGAGCAAUUCACCCGAGGUCAAGACGUCACUCGUGAAGAUCGACAGGUUCUGGAUUCCUGAUAUGAGCCUGUGGGUCCAGAAUCGAGAGAAGGGUACAUGGGAUCGAACCGCGCUUGAAGCACCUCCGCUUCCCAAGCCUCCCUUGCGACAGUCAGCAUGGCCUGCUGAAGCUGAGUAUAAGACGGGCCCCACGGAGAGGCGCAUAUACAGAAGCCUCGUGCGCGUGACGCCCAGCACGCCGGGGUUUGCCGUUGACUCUUGCCAAGUUGCUCAAGUUGGAGCCAUGGGGUUAGUGAUCGAUGCCAAGUCAGGCCUUGUCAUCGUUUCACGAGCUGCCGUUCCACACGGCUUCUGCCUCGUUAGGGUUACUGUUGCCGACUCAAUUGAGACGGACGGCAAAGUCGUUUUCUUACACCCGUUUCACAACUACGCCAUCGUCAAGUACGAUGCGUCUCUAGUCGAUGCGCCAGUCCACAGUGCCACUCUUGGGACCGACCCGUUGCACGAGGGCCAGGAUAUGAAUUUCUGGGUUUUCAAAGGCGACCAGCUCAGUACUUACCGUAAAUGGGUCGAGAGAGUUGGACUGCAGGACGUAGUUCGCACAGACACGUCUCUGCCGCAAUACCGGCCGGUGAAUACCGAAGCAAUCGUCGAAAACACUACUAUGGCCUCACACACCAGUGGCAUCAUUACUGACGAGUUUGGUACCGUCAUGGCUUUAUGUCUGCUUCACCUCCGAAAAUUCCACGAUGAAAUCAUUCGCUCCUGCUGGGGCGUGGCCACGGCAACGAUAUUUCGCAUAGCACGAAGUAUAUGCAUUGGUGAGCCACCGCAGGUGUGGCUCUUUCCAGCGGAGCUCGAAACCAUGACCAUGGCCGAAGCAAGGAAAUGGGGUGUCCCGCAAGAAUGGAUCACUAAGUUCACACGCAAAAAAGCACCCCGACACGCGGCAUUCAAGGUGGCGCGGCCCAUGGCCACGUGCCCAACCGCCACGGCCCCAGCCCUACUACAAGGCGACAUUUUCCUCAGUUUGAACGGAAGAAUCUGCAGGGCCGUUUCGGACUUCGAUGUCACGAACUCUAGCGCACUCGAUGCCCUCAUCAUUCGGCAAAGGAAGAUCAUGCGGCUGGAAGUUCGUCCGGAGGAUGGAAAUCACGCGGAGACGGACCAUGUCUUCCUCUUUUGCGGUGCAGUCCUUCAGCUGUCUCUUAUACACAUCUAG